UCUGCUCCUAUCAUUUCCCCACCUGAUUGGAACCUACCAUUUGAAUUGAUGUGUGAUGCAUCUGAUUUUGCAGUUGGGGCAGUGUUAGGACAAAGGAAAGAUAACUUAGUUCGUGUGAUAUAUUAUGCUAGCAAAGAAUUUGAUAUUGAAAUCAGAGACAAGAAAGGAGUGGAGAACAAGGUGGCAGAUCACCUAUCCAGAAUCUCUCAUGAUCAAGGUGGAAGAAAUGAUACAAAUGUGAACGAGCUCUUCCCUGAUGAGCAGUUGAUGACAGUUCACAAAGUACCAUGGUUUGCAGAUAUUGCAAAUUUCAAGGCAACUGGGGCAUUACCCCUAGGGAUCAAUAAACAUCAAAAAAGGAAGCUCAUGAAUGAUGCAAAAUACUUUGUUUGGGACGAGCCAUAUCUCUUCAAGAAAUGUUCAGAUGGAAUCCUUAGAAGAUGUGUUUCGGAAGAAGAAGGAAGAGAAGUCCUGUGGAAUUGCCACGGUUCAUGUUAUGGCGGGCACUUUGGAGGGGACAGAACUGCAGCAAAGGUGUUACAAAGCGGAUUCUUUUGGCCCACCCUUUUCAAGGAUGCCAAGGAACUAGUAAAAAGCUGCAAUCGCGCAGCCCCCCCAAACCCUCUCCUCCCUCUCUUCCUCUCCCACCACCAACCACCGCCAGCCACCGUCCGACCGCCGACCACCCAGACCCCGCCGACCACCCAAACCCCCCCUCUUUUUCCCUCCUCUUCCUUCUUCCUCCACCCACAACCACCCCUGCCUCCCUCCUCCGCGAGCACCACCCACCGCGCCGCCAUCAACCGCUGCGCCCCCACACCACCCACAACCACCCUUACCCCCAAAACCCCCCUCUCCCCCUACCUACCUCCGAACAGCACCACCGCCGCCGCGCCACCACCAGCCACUGCGCCGGACGCCACUGCCCCAUCAUCCCCAGCCACCUCUCUACCCCAACCUCCUUCAUUCGUCUCCCAGGUUCCGCAAAACGUCACCUUUUUAUCCAUUCGUAGUUAG